AUGGUCGAAAUUGGUGGUGUACAAAUAAAGGCGAUCAUUGAUUCCGGUUCCAGCUGCAACAUUGUGGAUAGGAAAACGUGGGAGUUCUUGAAACGAAAUGACAUAAAAUGCAGGGACGAGCCAAGGAAAACAGAACUGUAUGCCUAUGGAUCUAAGGAACCACUGAAGACUGCUGGUGUAUUUUGGUCAACGAUUGUUUACAAGGGUGUAGCGGUAGAUGACGCAGAAUUUGUUGUCAUUGAGGGAUCUGGACAGUCCUUAUUAAGCUGUGAUACAGCUAUGCGACUUGGCGUACUUAAAAUAGUGCGUCAAAUGGGAACCCCGGGAAUAUCGGAUGUUGUUAAUAAUUACAACGAAUUAUUUACGGGACUUGGAAAACUGAAAGGUUAUCAACUUGAAGUGCCCAUUGACCAGGCUGUAACACCUGUAGUGCAACCGACCAGACGCGUGCCAUAUCAGUUACGAGAGAAGUUGGAAGCUAAAAUCAAAGAAUUACUCGACUCAGAUGUCAUUGAACCCGACACGCCUACGGCAUGA